AUGAGGUUCAUUGCUGUUCGGGCUAUCGUGACGCUAGCGGCUGCAGCCGCCGUGUCGCUUGCAGUGCCCACAGAGCGAAGGGCAGCGUUCGCCGAUCCAAACGACGAUCUCUUCUACACCACGCCGGACAACAUCAACACAUAUGCCAAUGGUCAGGUCAUCCAGUCACGCAAGGCUGAUACCGAUAUUGGGAACAGCAACAAGGUUGAAGCUUUCCAGCUUCAAUAUCGCACUACCAAUACGCAAAAGGAGGCGCAGGCCAACGUUGCUACCGUAUGGAUCCCCAACAAGCCCGCUUCACCUCCCAAGAUCUUCUCUUAUCAGGUCUAUCAGGACUCGACACAGCUCAACUGUGCUCCGAGCUAUAGCUUUUUGAAGGGCCUUGACAAGCCUAACAAAGCUACCACGAUCCUCGAAGCACCCAUCAUCAUCGGCUGGGCGCUCCAACAAGGUUUCUACGUCGUCUCGUCUGAUCACGAAGGCCCGCGCUCAUCGUUCAUUGCGGGCUACGAGGAAGGUAUGGCUAUUCUCGACGGCAUACGUGCGCUCAAGAACUACGCCAAACUGCCCACGGACAGCGCGAUCGGCUUUUACGGAUACAGCGGCGGUGCCCAUGCAACCGGCUGGGCAGCUAAUCUGGCAGGGAGCUACGCUCCUGAGCACAACAUCAUCGGUGCUGCCUACGGAGGACUGCCUGCUAGCGCCAGAGACACAUUCAACUUCCUCAACAAAGGCGCGUUUGCCGGCUUCGCCAUUGCGGGUGUCUCGGGUCUUGCGCUGGCCUACCCGGACGUGGAGACCUACAUCCAGUCGCGCCUCAACGCCAAGGGAGAAAAGGUGUUUAAACAGGUCCGAAGUCGCGGCUUCUGCAUUGGCCAAGUGGUCCUAACCUACCCAUUCGUCGACGCCUAUUCACUCAUCAACGACACAAACCUUCUCAACGAGGAACCGGUCGCCAGCACGUUGAAAUCCGAGACGUUGGUUCAGGCCGAGGCUAGCUACACGGUUCCUGUUCCCAAAUUCCCGCGUUUCAUCUGGCAUGCGCUCUUGGACGAGAUUGUUCCCUUCCACUCGGCUGCGACCUAUGUCAAGGAGCAGUGUUCAAAGGGCGCCGACAUCAACUGGAAUGUCUACUCAUUUGCCGAGCACAUCUCUGCCGAGCUUUUCGGCUUGCUGCCUGGUCUCGACUGGUUAAACAAGGCUUACAAGGGUCAAGCACCCAAAGUGCCUUGUGGCGGAGGGGCUCAAAGCGUGAUGGGUGCCUCAGGCCCGCCUGCGCAGGACGUUCUGGGAGCUGACCUGGCAAGCCAACUCCGAUCUCUCCAGGGUAAGCCUUCUGCGUUUGGCAACAAACCUUUUGGCUCCAUCUCCCCCUGA